GUGAGACAGAACCCUAAUUACCCAAAAAUCUCUGGUACAUCAAAAACCAGAAAAAGCCCCUUUUGCUCCCUGUAAUUGUAAGCUCCCGAUCAAAAACCCAAUCUCUCUGGUCCCCAGAGGAGAUCAAUUCGUGAUUCUCAGAGUAUCAAAGUGUGUGUGUGUGAGAGAGAGAGUGAGAUAACGGAGAUGGAUGCUAUGAGGAAGCAGCUCGAUGUGCUCAUGGGAGCAAACCGAAACGGCGAUGUGACGGAGGUGAAUCGCAAAUACUACGACCGCGAUGUUUGCCGUCUCUACUUAUCUGGUCUCUGCCCUCACGAGCUUUUUCAAUUGACGAAAAUGGAUAUGGGUCCUUGCCCAAAGGUGCACUCGUUGCAGCUGAGGAAAGAAUAUAAAGAAGCAAAGGCAAAAGGUGUUGACAACUACGAUAGGGAACUGGAAGAUGCAAUAGAUAGGCUUAUUGUUGAGUGUGAUAGGAAGAUUGGUAGGGCCCUUAAGCGUCUUCAGGAAGAGGAUGCCAAAGCUGCCAUUGCAAUAUCAGUUACCGAAGUUACUCAGUCAACUGAAAUUCUUGAAUUAUCGAAGCAAAUCAAAGAGAAGAUGAAGGAAGCAGACCUGCACGAUCUUGAAGGCAAAAUGGAUCUGAAGAUUAGAGCUCUUGAGUUAGUUGAAGAAAUGAGGACUAAAAGAGCUGACCUACAGGCUGUGCUACUGCUGGAUGCCUUCAACAAAGAUAGGGCAUCCUUGCCGCAGCCUGUCCCAGCUCAGCCACCAGCUGCAGCAUUACCUCCACCUGAUCCUCGUACUCAAGAAAUGAUCAAUGAGAAACUAAAGAAAGCAGAAGAGUUUGGUGAACAAGGGAUGGUUGAUGAGGCGCAGAAAGCACUAGAAGAGGCGGAAGCUCUUAAGAAGCUUACUGCUAGACCAGAACCUGUAGUGGAUUCAACCAAGUACACUGCUGCUGACGUGCGCAUUACAGACCAGAAGCUGCGUCUAUGUGACAUAUGCGGAGCAUUUUUGAGCGUCUAUGACAGUGAUCGCCGGUUAGCUGAUCAUUUUGGAGGGAAGCUUCAUUUGGGUUACAUGCUGAUCCGUGACAAAUUGGCAGAGCUUCAGGAGGAGAAGAACAAAGUUCACAAGGAACGGGUUGAAGAAAGGAGAUCAAAGGAGAGGAGUAGAGAGCGAGAAUCAAGUAAAGACAGAGACGGAGGAGAUAACCGUGACCGUGGAAGAGAUGUUGACCGUAGGAGUAGAGAUCGCGACAGGCACCAUGACCACCGUGAACAUGACAGAAACUAUAACCAGUCACGCGGCUACGACUCAAGAAGCCGGCGCAGUUCGCGGUCCCGGUCAAGGGAAAGACCGAGAGAUUAUGAUCGCCGCAGACGCCAUGACCACUAUUAAGACCAUGACAAAGAUGAUUGCACCGGGUUUAAGAGGUUCUUACAUGCGUUUAGGAUCAAUUUGGAGUUCAAACCCCCUUUUUCUCUGCUUAUGUGUUUUAAGGUCUUUUGAGAUUGUAAGUUACUAAACUUGUUUUUGUUGACAUCAAAGACUUGUGAGUAGAAAAUUGUGAUGAUCUCAUGGCUCUCUCUUAUGGACAACAGCACUUUAUCAAUUUAUUCCUUUUAAAAAACUAA